GUGUGGUUUUCAGCCUUUGCCAAGUCGCGGCCUAAAACUUGGCAAUUACUUGAAUUGCGCGUGCGCAAAAUUGGUUACAGGCCAUUGAACUUUGAGGUCAAAUACCAUCGCGACGAGAAACGCUUUGCCGUCUGCUGUUGUACUUUUGCCAGGUUAAAAAAGGUUUUCAGGAGCUGACCAUUUCCCAUUCUUAGCAUGACGUAAUAUCAGAACUGUUCUGAGCAACCGAAUAUGUUUAUAUAUUUGAGCAAAAAGAUCGCCAUUCCCAACAACACCAAGCUGCGGUGUGUGUCAUGGAACCAGGAACAGGGUUUCAUCGCCUGCGGUGGGGAAGACGGCUUGCUAAAAGUUCUUAAGCUAGAGAUACAGACAAGUAAAGAUGCCAAAAUUCGAGGGCUUGCAGCACCCAGCAACCUGUCAAUGAACCAAACACUGGAAGGCCAUGGAGGUGCCGUGCAGGUCACAACUUGGAACUCCCAGUACCAAAAGCUGACCACCAGUGACCAGUAUGGCCUCAUCAUUGUAUGGAUGCUGUAUAAAGGUUCUUGGUAUGAGGAGAUGAUCAACAACAGAAACAAGUCUGUAGUACGGAGCAUGGCAUGGACACCAGACGGCCAGAAGAUAUGCAUCGUCUAUGAAGAUGGCGCUGUGAUCGUGGGGUCUGUGGAUGGCAAUCGAAUCUGGGGCAAAGACAUCAAAGGCAUGCAGCUGACCAACGUGGAAUGGUCGUGGGACGGCAAACUGCUGCUGUUUGGCAUGAGCAACGGGGAGAUUCACAUCUACGACAGCCAGGGAAACGUCUGUAACAAGCUGGUGACUUACUGUUUGGCCAACGUGACCGGUGCAGUAAAGAUCGCGGGCAUCGACUGGUACAACGGAAAGUACGGCUACGUGGAACCCAGCUGUCCCACACUGGCGAUAUGCUUCGACAACGGUCGAGCACAGAUCAUGAAGCACGAAAACGACGAGAACCCUGUGUUGAUAGACACUGGUAUGACCGUGGUACAGAUACAAUGGAACCAUACCGGCUCGGCGCUCGCUGUCGCCGGUUCCCAGAAGUCAGCCCAGCAGGACAAAGACAUCAACGUGGUGCAGUUCUACACACCCUUUGGGGAGCACCUGCGUACCCUGAAGGUGCCAGGCAAGCAGCUGACCUCAGUCUCCUGGGAGGGCGGUGGCCUCCGCAUCGCCUUGGCCGUGGACUCCUUCAUCUACUUUGCCAACAUCCGGCCGGACUACAAGUGGGGCUACUGCGCCAACACAGUGGUGUACUCCUUCUCCAAGCCGGAGCGGACCGAGCAAUGCGUGGUAUUCUGGGAGACGGUCAGUGGGGAGCGUCAUAUCAAGUACGUCCGCAACCUGAUAUCGGUCACAGCAUACGGCGAUCACUGUGUCUUGGCGACAAGGGCAGACGAAAGUAUGGGACAGUACGUGCUGGUGCUGUGCAACUCAAUUGGAACACCACUGGAGUCGAAGUACAUUGAUAUUGAGCCCAUCUAUAUCGCUGUGACACGCACCCACGUCAUCGCAGCCUCCAAGGAGGCCUUCUACGUCUGGCAGUUCAAGACGGCCAAGAAGCUGACCGCCAUGGAGGUCAACCAGGCCGUGGGCCGCAAGAAAGACAGCCGGGAGAGGGUCUACCAUGUCGACGACACGCCCUCGGGAGCGGGCGACUCCGUGCUGGACUUCAGCAAGGCCUUUGCGCCGACCAAUGAUGCGAUUUGCUGCGUGUGCGCGUCAGACAAGUUACUCAUUGUGGGCCGGGAGUCAGGAACACUCAACCGUUACUCACUCCCCCACCUGGCCCUCACCAACAAGCACACAGUCAACUGCCGCCCUCAUGCACUCUCACUCAACUGCAACUCGGCCCGCCUAGCCGUUAUCGAUAUCACCGGUAUCCUGACCUUCUUUGACCUGGAAGCCAAGUGGGUGAACGGGGAAGGCCAAGAGGUGCAAGGCCAACAGCUGGAGUUUGAGCGCAAGGACGUCUGGGACAUGAAGUGGGCCGAGGACAACACCGAGCUCUUUGCCAUGAUGGAGAAGACCCGUAUGUACAUCUUCCGCAACCUGGAUCCAGAGGAACCCAUCAUGAGCUCUGGCUACAUCUGUCACUUUGAGGACCUCCAGAUCAAGUCGGUGCUCCUGGAUGAAAUCCUGAAAGACCCUGAGCAUCCCAGCAAGGAUAACAUGCUGGACAUGGAAAUUAAGUCUCUGCGUGAUUCCCGAGACCUGCUCGAGAAGGUUGGAAUUGAAGACGCAGCCCAGUUCAUCGAGGACAACCCCCACCCCAGACUUUGGCGUCUUCUCGCUGAGGCCUCCCUGGAGAAUCUAGAUCUGAAGAUGGCCGAGCAGGCCUUUGUGCGCUGCAAGGAUUACCAGGGCAUCGAGUUUGUCAAGAGGCUGGGUAACCUCCAGAGUGAGGUGAUGCGAAGCGCUGAGGUGGCCGCCUACUUCAAGAGGUUUGAGGAGGCCGAGAGGAUGUACAUGGACAUGGAUCGAAGGGACCUUGCCGUCAGCCUGCGGCUCAAGCUGGGCGACUGGUUCCGCGUGGUGCAGCUCCUGAAGGCGGGCAGCGGAGGAGGGGACGACACCCAGCUCCAGCAGGCCUGGAAUGCCAUCGGCGACUACUACGCCGACCGGCAGAAGUGGAGCAACGCCGUCACCUACUACGUGCAGGGCAACAACCAGGAGAGGUUGGCCGAGUGUUACUACCUGCUGGAGGACUUUGUUGGGCUGCAGAAGUUGGCUGACUCGUUUCCGGAAAACCACCGACUCCUCCCUGAUAUAGCCGCCAUGUUUGUGACAGUAGGCAUGUGUCAGGAGGCUGUAGCAGCCUACCUCAAGUGCCACCAGGUCAAGAAGGCGGUGGACUGCUGCGUGGAGCUGAACCAGUGGGACCAGGCCGUGGAGCUGGCCAAGACCCACAGUAUCAAGGAGAUUGACAGCCUGCUGGCCCGCUACGCCGCUCACCUCCUGGAGAAGGACAAGAAGCUCCAGGCUAUUGAGCUCUACCGCAAGGCCAACCACUUCAUCGAGGCAGCCAAGCUGAUGUUCAGUAUUGCUGAAGAUAACGCUAAGAAGAAAGUCAAGCCACUUCGAACCAAGAAGUUGUACGUCCUUGGAGCCUUGCUGAUUGAGAGCUACCAUGAACAGAUGAAGCUGUCCUCCAGACUGAAAGCAAAAUCGAAGAAGAAAGCUGAGGCUGCCUCAGCCCUAGCCGGCCUGCUGGAGGAAGAAGCUAUGGCUAGCUCUGACACCAAGGUCAUUGACAGUGCCUGGCGAGGUGCAGAGGCUUACCACUUCUUCUUACUGGCUCAGAGGCAGCUCUAUCAAGGCUAUGUUGAUGCCAGCAUGAAGACUGCCCUCCAUCUGCGAGAGUACGACGACAUCCUAGACCCCGUGGACAUCUACUCUCUCCUGGGCCUAGCGGCCUGUGCCAACAGAGCCUUUGGGACCUGCUCCAAGGCAUUCAUCAAGCUGGAAUCCACCGAUGCCCUCAACGCUGCCCAGCAGGAGCAGUACGAAGCCCUGGCACUGGAGAUAUUUACCAAACAUGCCCCCAAAGAUUCACGGACCAACAAGUUAGAAUGUCCCAACUGUGAGGCAAUGCUUCCAGACUGGUCGUCUGCGUGUCCCCAGUGCGACACCAAGUUCCCGACGUGCAUCGUGACAGGCCGUCCCAUCAUGGACAACCUCUUCUGGAUGUGCGACACCUGCAAGCACCGAGCUUACGAGGGCGAGAUUCGGACGGCCAGCACCUGCCCUCUUUGUCACUCGCAGAUCUAGACACUCGGAUGACUGCUCAUUCCUUUCCCAAUCGUGGCCAGACCCAGAACUCAUGGCAUGAGUCAUCAAUUGCCAGAGGUAGUUCAUGGUCAGCUGAUCAUUGGCAGGCCAUUUCAAUCAUUGAUUGGGCGGUCAGUACACUGAUCUAGUAGUACGCUCUACAAGCGAUUCAUAAUACAGUGGUCCACCAUGCAUUUUCUUCAAAGAAGUCACUUUUUAUUUUCACUGUCGAUUUGUAUACCCAGCAUCACAUGGGACGGAGGGGUACCCCCCCUUACCUGUCCAAUCCCUAAACACACUCAUACAAGUGUGUAUUUGCCUGCAACUGGG